GAGGGGGAGAGCCGGAGAGCCAAGAGUUUUUAAAAGUUGCAGGGAAAGCAGCGCAGAGGCAGACACGCCGUGCACCAGGAAGGCACCAAAACACACAGAGAGAGCAAACCGCGCAGAGAACAGCACGUGUGCAACAUGUCUGCGACACACUUCAUCAGGGGCCCAGCCUAUGGCAUGUCAGCUGAAGUCAAGAAUAAGCUAGCACAAAAAUACGAUCCCCAGAAGGAGCACGAACUGCGGCAAUGGAUUGAGGAGCUGACCGGGAAGCGCAUCGGAGAAAACUUUAUGGAAAGUCUGAAAGAUGGAGCCAUCCUUUGCGACCUCAUUAACAAACUCCAACCUGGAUCUGUGAGGAAGGUGAAUGAGUCCACACAGAACUGGCACCAGCUGGAGAACAUUGGCAACUUCAUUAAGGCAAUCACAAAAUAUGGAGUGAGGCCCCACGACAUCUUCGAAGCCAACGACCUCUUUGAGAACACAAACCACACCCAAGUCCAGUCUACUCUGAUUGCUCUGGCUAGCAUGGCCAAGACGAAAGGCAUCAAGGUGAACAUGGGCGUGAAAUACGCUGAGAAACAUCAGCGCAAAUUCCUGCCUGAAAAGCUGAAGGAAGGACGGAACAUCAUCGGGCUGCAGAUGGGCACCAACAAGUUUGCCAGCCAGCAGGGCAUGACAGCAUAUGGCACACGUCGGCACCUCUAUGACCCUAAGUUGGGCACAGACCAACCAUUAGAUCAAGCCACCAUCAGUCUACAGAUGGGAACCAACAAGGGGGCUAGCCAGGCGGGCAUGACAGCCCCUGGAACCAAGCGGCAGAUUUUUGAGCCCGCCCUGGGCAUGGAGCACUGCGACACCCAGAACAUCUCCCUGCAGAUGGGCAGCAACAAAGGGGCAUCGCAGCAGGGCAUGACUGUGUAUGGGCUGCCGCGGCAGGUCUACGACUCCAAGUACUGCCUCACACCCAACUAUGCCAUGAUCGGGGAAGAUGAAGGCCAGUACAACCACAGCCAUCAUAACUUCUACAACUCAGAAUAGCCAGCAGGAAUCAUGGGACGGACAUAGAACAGAGACACCAGCACUUAAAAAAAAGAAAAAGGAAAAAAAGGGGCACUUCCCAAACAGGAGAUCCACCAUCAGGUGGCUAUUUUCACCUGGGAAUAUAAGAAGAUCCAGACAGUUCCCUAAACUGCUAACCAGCUCACCAGAGACUCUUCAAACCAUGCCAAAGCCAAGUCUCCCCUCCAAGUCUCCACCACCGAGCCUUAAAAGCUUCACUUCGAUCCCUUUCACGCUUUAUUUAAUGUAUGACGUACUGCCACUACUUUUAAGCAUGCACUAAUGUGGCUCAAAGCCACUAGGAUGGAAUGUUACAGUAAAAAUAAUAAUAAUCAUCUAAUGGGUUGGGAGAAGCAAAUACGAGGCAAUGAGUACUCUUGAUUUCUCCCUCUUUCUCUUUCCUGAACAAGAGCCAUCAGUCAUCUCUUCCCUGUGGCUUGUGGCAGCUCUUGCUGCUGCUGUUUUGGGUCAAGGCAGAAGCAGGCAAUCAAAGGCACAGCUUCUGUUGGUGAACAUAUUGCCUCCUGCACUCUGUUUUGUAGUGUAACAGAAGCCGUUCUGGUACAAGACCCAUCAUCCGCCUUGCUCUGUCUACAACCAGGUUAGGGGCAAAUUGGCAAGCCCCCCCCCCCAACCUGCCUACUUUGCCAGGGGUUCCAGUCAUUUUUGCUUCCUAAAUACUAAUAGUUUGUAGAAAAGCACCAGUGAACCGAAUCAGCCAUUGGCUUCCUGGAAACGGAACGUGUUUAGGUAGAGUAUGUGAACUGCGGAGGGAGACUGUAGAAGGAGGUUGGACGCAUCUAACCAGUAAAGGGGUAUGUUCACAGUGUCUGAAGUUAUCCCAAGAUUCAUGUGAGAGGUCAUUUGGUGAGAAUUACACACAAUUGUAAACCAAAGCCGUUCAUCUUCUACAUCUUCAGGGAGAAUCUGGAAAAUAACUUACCAGGUUAUCAGUAAUCUAGUCUUCACUAAAAUAGACAAAGAAUUUAUAGUCCUAAUGGUUCUUGACUGAGCUCCAUUAUUCAGGCAACUUCUACAAAAACAAUCUAGUGCUCAGAAAUUGGAAUUUCCCAGAAAUGCAUGGCAACUUAUCCAUUCCUCCUCCUGAAUGCCUCUUGUUUACCAAUAGUUCUCCUAUCAAGUAAGCCACUUCCUUGCUAUCAAUUUCAUUUAUCUCCGGCACACAUGCCCAAUUUCAUAGUAAAUAACAGAAAUUGAAGCAACUCCAUGCACUGCAAGCACAUUUACAGACAUUCUGGAGAAGAAAUUUAAAAUUCCAGAGGUACGGAACAUGAACAGCCUUCAAUAAGGCUGGCAGAAGUGCCGUGGGACUAAUUCAUGUUUGAAACUAAAAUGCUUCUAUUAACUAAGAUUCACAUGCUUCAAAUGAAGACAAAUGAAUCACCUGUUAUAAAGCCAAAACCAGUUUUGAGAUAAGCCUAACCACAGAAGACCAAAAUAAAUCCCACUGAAUUUACUUACACGAGUAAAUUUGGCUAUCAUCCAGUUCAAUACGUGCUCUGUAAUCGAUUAACUGCAUGGAUUUUAAAUUUGCAUAUAUCACAAUAGCCCUGAAGGGGGAGGGAAAGCAUUCGCUGUUAUUUCCACCUGUGUGAGGACCAAGGAGCAAUGCUCUUAUAAGAAGCCCCCUGCCACCACCUAUGGAUUUAUAAUCACUUACAUUUAAAAGCAAUUUUCCAACAAGUCUCCUCUAACUGACCAAAGCAUUUGAUUAAUCAAUUAGAUUAGUUGUCCAAACAUGGCAGUCUCAGUUAAAGAUUGGGGUGCUUAUCUACCUGCGUGGCAUCCAAGUUAGAACAGGAAAAAGCUCGCUGGCUUCACUAACUGCAUCACCGUGUUGUCUGGUGGCAAAUCUAGUGUUUAGCCGGGGGGGGGGGCACUUGCUCACUGAUUCACACUGUAGUUAAUAUGUGGUACCAGAUAUUGUUACAAACCAACAUUGGGGGGAAAUGCCCAAGUCUAUAUUGCCAACGAAAGUAGCUUCUGUCUUUAAAUCCUGCCCCUCGUUUCUCUCACUGGGGUCAGAGGUGCUCUACAUAUUGAGCAGCUAAGACACACCCAAAAAACCCACUCUAAAACAUUUUUUGUUAUGUUCUGCUAAUGAGCACUUUUUAAUUUCACUGCAGCACAAUAAAAAAGAAAAAAAAACACACUUUUCUAAUAUGAUUGGAGGUCUUCCUUAUCCCUUGGUCAGAGGUUUUCAACUUUUUUGAGUCCACGGCUCCCUUGACCAGCACCAUUCUUUCUGUGGCACCCCUGUGGGGCUCAGGAGCACAGUUAUGCCACCCCUUGCCUGCAGAGCUGGCAGCCUCUCACCCUUUUUCGAACAGCCUUGUGGAGGGUUCCUUCAGCCUCCUCUUUUCCCUUCUCAUUGGGGGUCCUCUGGGAAGCUGCCGCCCCUGGUCUCUGAGCUGCACCCCCUGCACCAAAGAGAGGUACCUUCUCACACUGCCCCACAGGGGCCAGGGCGGCAUCCCCUGGGCAGCUUGUAGCCAGAGCUGCUGCAGCAAACAGCCACACAAGCCUACGGGAGGCAGAGAUGCAAGAGGGCAUCAGAGGAGGGAGGGAAGGAAAGAGGGACAGAGGCCAGUGUUGCCUGCGGCACCCCCAACCAUCAUUCAAGGCACCUCAAGGUGCCAUGGCACACUGGUUGAAAACCACUGCUCUUGGUCUAUCUAGUCCAGAUCUACUUUGGCUUACAGGGAAUCUCUAAGACCUCCAGGCAGAAAGGACUUUUCAAACUCUGGAACCCAAGUGUAUGCCAAGGAUUGAGCCUGAAGGACCUUCUACGAGCAAAUUCAUGUAAAAAAGGCAAUUUUUAAAGUGCUAAACUAGAUUUGACUCUGCUCUCUUCCAACUCAGUUUAAAGCUUGUGUUUCUUUGCAAGUGUCUACUGUCAAAUAGAAAACAGUCAGCCGACGAUGCAGAAUGGGAGAGAAUACGCCUGCAUGGUUAUGAAUGUAUUCAGUGAUUUGUACCGCAUUCAACAGCAUAAAAAUCCAUGGGGCAAAUGGGCUGUCAUUUCAAAAUGAGCAAAGUUUCUAGCCUUUGUAGUUACAGAGAAAACCUGAAAAUAAUGGGCAGCCUCUGCUUUAAGUAGAAAAUUCAGAUUUCUACAAAAAGGGUUAUUACUAUGCUGCAAAAAAAAUAAAGCAUGUAAGCUCAAGCUAUACUGUGUGCA